CUUUCCUUUUUUUUCCUUAUUGUCCUCGCAUUACACUUAAUUUCAUUUGACUUCUAAAAUACAAUUUUUAUGAACACGUAUAUUUUGGCUUAAAUUCAAUCCAAGAGCAAUCCUAAUAUGCAAAUGAACGAUCCUUAAAAUAAAAAUUACUAAUAGCAAAAAAAAAAAAAAAUUACCCAUGCAUCCCACUGGUUAAAUACUACGAGUAGUUCACAAAUUUUCAGAAUAACUGGCCAUACAGACAUAUAAUGUAGUAGAGGUUACUCGGUCGAUUAGGGAUUACUCACUUCCCUGGUUUGAUGUGUGUUAGUUUGCCGUACGGUGUGGCUGACCACACUAAAAAGCGUUGCAUAAAAAAAUACUGUAGAGAAAAAGGAAAAAUUAAAAAUAAUAGUUGGAAGACCAGGAAUUGAUUUUCGUGGCUGCUCGUUUAAUGGUGGCUUCAUUUCCAUGCUUUCCAAGUAUCCAAAUUCUACACUUCUCUCAAUUUUUCAAUCAUGCAAUUCUACGCAAAAAUUGAAGCAAAUCCACGCUCAUUUUAUAAUUACUGCCCAAAUCAAAGAUACUUUUCUAGCAACAAAAUUGGUCGAAACUUUCGCUGUUUCGGCUAGAAACGUCGUUUAUGCUCAUCAAAUCUUCAAUCAAAUCAAUUCUCCGAAUUCAUAUUCAUGGACAACUUUAAUCAGGGGUUAUUGCGAGGCGAAAAACCCAAAAAAAGCUAUUCAAAAUUAUCGAUUAAUGAGGUCUAAUGGGGUUGAAGAGAACAGAUUUACGUUUGUUUUUGUGCUCAAAGCUUAUGCUAUGAAAUUGUGUCAAAUUGAAGGGAAAAUGAUUCAUGGGAUGGUUUUGAAACUGGGUUUUGAGUGUGAUGCGUUUAUUAAUAAUGCUUUGAUUAAUUUGUACUCGAAAUGUGAAGAUUUUAGUAAUGCACGUAAGCUGUUUGAUGAAAUGCCUGUGAAUAAUGUUGUCAAUUGGAAUACAUUGAUUACAGCGUGUUUUAGUUGUGGGGAUUUGGAGAAUGCACGUAAGCUGUUUGAUGAAAUGCCUGAACGGAGUGUCGAGUCGUGGAAUGCUGUGAUUGCUGGGUAUUGUAAGUUGGGUCAAGCUGAUGUUGCUAGGACUUUGUUUGAUGAGAUGGAAGAGAAGGAUUUGGUUUCGUGGGCUUCAAUGAUUUCUGGUUAUAUACAGUGUGGAUAUGCAGCAAAAGCUUUGGAACUGUAUAAGGAAAUGCAGUUUGUAGGGAUCAAACCGGAUAGCGUGACAAUUACUAGUGCUCUAUCAGCUUGUGCUCAAAUGGGAGCAUUGGAUUUGGGGAAAUGGAUUCAUUCUUACAUUAUUCGGCAUAAACUUACAACUGAUGUACAUUUGGGUACCGCGCUUGUUGACAUGUAUGCUAAAUGUGGUAGUAUUGAUGUAGCUAUGCAGCUAUUUCGCGAUAUGACCUAUAGGAAUAUAUGCACUUGGAAUGCGUUGUUAUCAGGGCUCUCAGACCAUGGCUAUGGUUUGUCAGCAUUGGAGCUUUUCAGGGAAAUGAAAUCUUUUGGUAUGGCACCGAAUGAUGCUACUUUUGUUGCUGUAUUAUCAGCUUGUAGUCAUGUUGGCGCUGUUGAUGAGGGGAGGCAGCAAUUCAACAGAAUGCAGAGAGAGUUCAAUAUUACACCGAAGAUUGAGCAUUAUGGGUGUAUGGUGGACAUCCUUGGCCGAGGGGGGCUUGUGAAAGAAGCUAAGGAGCUUAUCAAAAGCAUGCCCAUGAAACCGAAUAUAGUCAUAUGGGGAGCUUUCCUGAAUGCUUGCAGGAUUCAUGGUUAUAUGGACAUCGAUGAUGAUAUAGUCAGCGUUCUCUUUCAGUUAGCUUCAGAAGAUGGGGGAGCUUAUGUGCUUUUAUCAAACAUUUUUGCGGCUAAAAGUGACUGGAGAUCAGUGGAGGGUCUAAGGAAGGAAAUUCGUGAACAUAUAUCUGAGAAGAAAACUCCAGGUUGUAGUUCAAUUGAAGUGAACAGCACAGUUCAUGAGUUCUUCGUAGAAGACAGAUUACAUCCUAAGUGGGUUGAGAUAAAUGAUGCUAUCAUGGGAUUGAAACAGCAUUCACAAACUGAGGAUCAUACUUGAGUAUUAUUUUUGCUUACUUGCGCAGUAUGACAACAGAUAUGGGAAGGCACAGAAAUUCCAGUGAUCAACUGAUCAUGCUUGUAAAGAGGCAACACAACCUUGGAGUAAUGCCAACAAUAACAUAGUAUCGUUUUAGACCGUUAGAGACUUAGGGCAGCAAUCUUACACUUCUUCUGAUCCAUGAAUUAAAAAGCAGAUGUAACUACUAUGUCAUUUUAUGUCAAGUGGUUGAAACUUGAAAGGGUUAAAUAUAGGUAAAUUUGCAUUUGUAUUGUGAAUUGACAUUCAAUAUUGUAUUGAAUUGAUAUUAUUAUAUGACCUAAUUAAUUUUUAAUACUAGUAUAAAUUUUGACAUUGUAUGCUACAUUAGUUCAAAGUUAAACAUUGUAUGCUACAUUGUAUUUUGGGUUGAACACUUGAAAUAAUA